GUUCGAUCGGGGCAUCAUCGGAAGCGAGCACAAAAUAAUUAAGCACAACAAAUCCAUGGCGCGGCACGAGCAGGAGAACCAGUACGACGAUGAUGCCUCGGCACCGCGGUCGUGGCUGCCGGACGACGUCGUCAUGGAGAUCCUCGCCUGCCUGCCGGCCAAGUCCGUCGGCCGCUUCCGCUGCGUCUCACGUUCCUGGGACGCCACACUCUCGUCGGCGGCCUUCGUCGAGCUCCACCUCCGGCGGGCAAACUACCAGUCAGCCGCCGGCCGGCCAAAGAUCUUCUUUAGCCCUACUGACGAGCCCUCGGACGACUACUUCUUUUACGCUUGGCAGCCUGGCGGUGCGGUCACGAAGCUGAUGGACAACGACUUCCUGCGCCCCGCUCCCCUCACAAGGCCCCUCCAUGGCCUCGUCCUCCUCCGUUGCGUCCGCAGUGGCGGUUACUACGUCUGCAACCCAUCCACCGGCGCGGUGCUUCCUCUCCCCGACACUCGAGUGCCAUGGAAGAUGACUUUCCAGUCUUCACUCCCUUACUACAGGGAUGUAGUUUACGGCCUUGGUUACUGCUCGGCCAGCCACCAGUACAAGGCAGUCCGUAUCUUCAGCAAUGAGAAUUCCAUGGAUGCCCCGUGCUGCGAUGUCUUCGUUCUCGGCAGUGACACGCCGGCAUACUGGCGGCCGGCCACCUCCGAGCAUCCGAUGUGCGUUGUGAAGGAGGAGAACCCGGCCGUGUUCCUCAAUGGCCACCUGCACUUCCUCUGCCGCUACGAUGGUGGCAUCCUCACUUUCAACGUCAUGGAUGAGACCUUCGGUUCCAUGCCACUGCCCCCAUAUCCUCUGGGGAAGGAUCCUCUCGGUCUCAGGACGACGGAGCUCGACGGUUGCCUAUGCGUCUUUGAUGCGGGCAGCGGCGACGGAGACGGUCUGUGCCAUGUAUGGCUGCUGCGUGAUUACGAGGCACAACGGUGGGAGCAGCUUUGUUGCAUCGACCGGGCCGCUUGGCCGGAGCCAGAGCGGACGCAGCUGGAAUCGAGCUGGAUAGCUCCUCUCGGCCUGUCUAAUGCUUCCAAUGGAUCAGACAAGAAGAUCAUGUUCGGCACGGGUACUUGCAUGGUGUUCACGGUAGACCAGAAUGGUGGUGGCGUACCAGAGAUUCUUUUCCGGCCUGACGAAGCCAUCGCCGGCAGUUUCAUUGACACGUAUGAUUUCCCGUAUGAUUUCCCGGCGCUUGGCCUGUUCGAGGAGAGUCUUGUGCCGGUAGGCCGCGACAUUGAGGAGAUGAUCUUCUCUUCACCUGUGACAGAAGCUUGGUACGACGUCCUCAAGUGGUUGCCAGCACAGUCCGUCUCAAAGCUCAGCCUCGUGUGCAGGGAAUGGCGCGCCAUGAUCACCACCGAUUGUUUCAUCCGAUCGCACGCCGCCGUCCACGCAACACGCCCGCGGAUCAAGUUUGCCAUAGACCCCUUGGUGGUUUCAUUCAGUGACCUGGAUGAUCACAUCAACAACCGGCUCUUCUAUGGCAAUGGCAUGCCAUACGAUAAUCCUGUCCAAUUUUCUCAACCAUGCCAUGGCCUAAACUUAGGGAGGUGGAGCUUUGGUGACUACCUAUACAAUCCUACCUUGGGCAUUAGUCAGAGAAUAGAAGAUGUCGAGAGAGAUGCAGUCUUUUUCGGCAGAUCUAUCGCGUUGGGGUUCGACUCCGAGGUGGAGGACCAUGUCAUGGUGUCACUUGCGUACGAGCAGAAGAACAUGGGAACGCGAGAGUACAAACUGAGGUGUGACGUGCGUAGUUUGCAAAGAGGCAAUUUCUGGUGCUCGUACGAUCCUCCACCAAGGCCAGUGGCAGUCAAUGUGCCGCCGGCCUACGUGAAUGGCAAGAUCUAUUGGGUGGUCGAACAUUUGCUUGCGCCAGAAUCCGAGGUGUGCGAACUCCUGGUGUUCGACGUCAUAGAUAGCGAGUUCGAGGUCAUGCAGGGUCCUUCAUGGAGCAGCCAUGGCAGCGGCCGUACGUCCAUCCUCGAGCUCUACGGUGCUAUCUCCAUGGCAUGGUGGGAUGACGACAGGAAUGCCAUUGACGUAUGGAGGAUGAAGGACAUGGACGGGGCUUGGUACGUGGAGUGUCGUGUCGAACUCGAUAAGUUCUCACCGCAAUACUCGUCGAGGGAGAUCACGCUGAUGUGUGCUGAUCCAAUUGGUGGACAGAUUUUGCUCAACACAGGGAGGUCGUUAGGCUACUAUAAUCCCGAGACGGCGACGCUUGAAACCAUCUACACUAGCUGUUGGUGAACCACAAGGUUACAGGGGGUUCUCUGCCGCUAUUGUCCAAGACAGUCUAGUUUGCCCUUAUAUGAAGUGGUAGUGGUGAACCAACAAAGUCACGCUAUAAACUAUUGGUCGAAGAGGCGAAAGGCGUCAAGCACGCAUUGGCUACCUCAUUGUGCUCCUUGUUUACUACUGUUAGAUUUUUCUCGAUAAUUUACUCCGAUUAAUUUUGAAUAAAGAUGAUAUUAGAGUUG